AUGCCUCUGCCACGCUCAACGCCCAGCCGCUCCUUCUCCUCGUCUUCCUUCUCAACUACUACCUCAGAGUCAGCUCCUUCGUCCUCGGCGAUUCCACUCAGAACGCCCUCUACACUACGGCUGAAACGAUGGCUGUCAACGCACCUUCAACUGCCACUGGCGCGUCAGAGCUCUGGCCAUGAUACAGAUAGCACGCUCAACAACAAUAAUCUCCCACACUAUACUCUCCAGCAUAAUGUCGCCAAAGCCUCAAACACAAACACGGACACGGACUUCUCGCAGUCGGACGGUCAACCCUCAUCAACACUCAGGAUUACGCAUGAUCUCUCUCUCAGCAUCUCAACCAGCCAGCACCGCUUCACGGAUUUUGACUAUGACUAUGAGGAUCCGGAAAACGGGUACGGAUCCGGAUAUGGGUUGGAUGGACCGCAUCGUCACCGCGUCCAUCGGCAUAACCAGUACGCAGCCGGUCUCCGAACCGAAAGUCAAGCUGGGAGGUUUGGAGACGCAGAUGACGAGGAAGAGGAUCUCGUGCUCGCCGAUAACUAUGCUGCCUUCUGUCGGGCUUUCACCUCUUCGCCCGUCCACUUCCACAACGUACCGGCACGGCCUCUUCCGCGGCUUCCCACGUCGGAGACAUGGGAAGAUUACCAGAGCUCAUUGGCGCCAGAUACGAUUGAUGCGCCUCCAGAGCGGGUCUCACAGAUAAGCUUCCUGCCGCUAGGUGCGCACGGCUAUCAUCCUUCGUCAUGGGUGUUGCCUAGACCACCAUCGCCGCCACCAGGAAUUCUCACCCCGGCACGGUAUGAGAUCCAACAACAGCGGGAGAUGGAGAAGAUGGAGAAAGAUAAGCAGAGACGAAAGCGGCGACUCAUGACACGGUGCUUACCCAUACGAUUCUCUUGGUGGCCGUGGCGUCACGCCAACCACGUUACAUGA